AUGAGAGUUCCAGCCGGUGUGGCUGCAGUUUCCUGUCUUUGUCCUCUGGUGGUCUUCCUAUGUGUUGUCUCCCAGAGUUGUUAUGGGACCCGGGUCAAUCUGAGCCCUCAUGCUAACCCUAACCCCAGCCUGUACCCAAACCAGAGGCUCAAGUCACUGCCUGAACCAACCCUAAUCCCAAGCAAAAGUCCUGACAAACAUAAGACUCCAAUGAAGCCCAGUCAGCUCUCAAGUUCUAACCAGAACCCCUGGAGCAAAUUUCAGUUAAAGCCAAGGCUUGACACCAGGUCCUAUCUUACAGACAACCACAGGCCCAGCACAAACUUUCCAUCGGCAAUCACCCAGGCUGCAUCUGGCUCAAACGCUAAACUCAAACAGAGUUCUAAUUCAAGGCAAGGGUUAGCAUACAAAUCAACUUCUCAGCAGUUGGCAAGAAACAUAAACAAUCCCAAGGAACCUUCAAAAAUUGACCUCAAAACCAAUCCUACAUCAAGACUUGGAUCUCUGUUGCAGCCAAAGCCCAAGGCAGUUCCAAACUCAAAGGUAGGGCCUAAGACCAAUCCUGAAUCAUUCUCCAGUACUAAAUUAUCUUCCCUAUCCAGUUCUGAUCAACGGUCCAACUCAUCUGGUGUAAUGAACCCCAGCACCUACUACAAUGCCAGCCCAGCUUUUCAGUCCAGUCCUAAAUCCCAUUCCAGAGUCCGACCUUCUUCACAAACAAAUAUAAACGCCAAAUCCGACUCAAAGAUCUCCAACCCAAACUCCAGAACAUCAAUCAGAACACAGAGGAACCAGACCAAGUUGUUGGACACAGACAAGGAUUCUCACCAUCGGCCCAAGAGAGGUUGGAUCUGGAACCAGUUCUUUGUUCUGGAAGAACACAUCGGACCUGAACCUCAGUAUGUUGGAAAGCUCCACUCCAACUCUGACAAGGGCGAUGGCUCUGUGCGAUACAUCCUGUCUGGCGAGGGGGCCGGGUCUGUUUUCACCAUUGACGAGACGACGGGUGACAUCCACGCUGCCAAGAGCCUGGACCGUGAGAGGAAGUCCCAGUAUGUCCUACAUGCAAGGGCCAUCGACUGGCGGACAAACCGCUCACUGGAGGCGGAGUCAGAGUUCAUCAUCAAGGUCCAGGACGUCAAUGACAAUGCUCCGACGUUCCCUGAUGGACCGUUCUCGGCCAUGGUGCCUGAGAUGUCCGAUGUUGGAACGUCAGUUUUCCAGGUGACAGCCUCAGAUGCAGAUGACCCGACCUACGGGAACAGCGCCAAGAUAGUUUACAGCAUCCUGGAGGGACAGCCCUACUUUUCUGUUGACCCCAAGACAGGCAUCAUCCGUACAGCGAUGUCCAACAUGGACCGUGAGACCAUGGACCACUACUCCGUGGUGAUCCAGGCCAAAGACAUGGCGGGCUCGGUCGGAGGACUGUCUGGAUCCACUACCGUCAACAUCACCCUCUCUGACGUCAACGACAACCCUCCGAAGUUUCCGCAGAAGAGUUACCAGCUGUAUGUACCAGAGCUGGCUCCUGUAGGGAAGGCAGUGGGUCGGAUCAGAGCCAACGAUGAGGAUGAAGGGCAGAAUGCUGACAUGACCUACAGCAUCACUAAUGCAGACGCAGCUGCCAUCUUCACCAUCACCACUGACGCUGACCGCAGGGAGGGAAUCAUUUCCCUCAAGCAGCCUCUGAACUAUGAGAAGAGGAAAGUGCACACGCUCAACAUCGAAGGCUCCAACACUCACACAGACUCCCGCUUCUCCCACCUGGGGCCGUUUAAGGACUCCACAUCACUGCGAGUCAUCGUGGGGGAUGUGGAUGAGCCCCCUGUCUUCUCCAUGGACUACUACAUUAUGGAUGUGUAUGAAAACUCACCUGCUGGCACCCAGGUUGGCACUGUAACUGCCGUGGACCCUGAUAGCACCAACAGCGCCGUCAGGUACUUCAUAGAAAAUGAAGAGGAAAGACCUUUGUAUUUCACCAUCGGGGUGAACAGCGGCAUCAUCAGGACGACGGAGGUUCUGGACCGGGAGGAAACAGCAUGGCAUAACAUCACCGUGAUGGCUGCAGAAGUUGAUAACCCACGGAUGGUGAGCCAUGUCCCCGUCACAAUCCAGGUCCUGGAUGUCAACGACAACACCCCAUCCAUCUCUGGGGGAAACAACGCUGUCGUCGUGUGUACGAGCACCAAAAAUGGACAGGUGAUUCAGACCAUCCGAGCAGCAGAUCUGGACAACUUUGCGAAUGGAAAGUUCUCCUUCUACAUGCCUGCUGAGCAUCAAGUUAAUCCAAAUUUUACCGUGAAGGACAAUGGAGACAGCACUGCCAGUAUAGUAUCUCGUCGGCGUGAAGGCUUCAGCCAGGACAGGGACCAGGAGCUCUUCAGCCUGGUGGUGGUGGUAGCCGAUGGCGGGGAGCCUCCUCUGAGCAGCACCGCUACGCUCUCCCUCAGGGUGUGUGUGUGUCAGAGAAACACCAGGGGGCGCAACAGCAACAACAUCUGUCAGGCCCAGGCCUUUCUCUCCUCAGCCGGUCUUAGCACUGGGGCCUUUGUGGCCAUACUGCUGUGUAUCGUCAUAUUAUUAGCCAUAGUGAUUCUGUUCACGCAGCUACGAAAUAAAAAAGCGAGCAAAGAGCCCUUGAUUCUCUCUGAGGAAGACGUCAGAGAAAAUGUGGUGACCUAUGACGACGAGGGGGGCGGGGAGGAGGACACCGAGGCCUUUGACAUCGCUGCACUUCGAAAUCCCAAAGCCUCUGAGCCAUGCAGGAAGUACCACACCUACCUCGGCCGUGGAGGUAGCCUAUGUGGAGAGGAGGACGAGAUCGAAGACGACGAGGAGGGGACUGUGGUGGUGAGGAGGAGGAAGGCUCGGCAGGUAGAUCACGGCAGCUACAGCCCAGAGUCUGAACCUGCCUGGUUUAUCAUUGACUGCGUCCCUCGAGAGAUCAGCCAGUCGGCGCCUUCGCUUCUGCUGGACAGUCAUGACAUAAUUCAGCAGAUCAUCCAGCAGAAGGUGGCUGAAGCUGACUCCGACACACGGGGCCCACCUUAUGACUCACUUCAAACAUACGCCUACGAAGGCCUCGGGUCCUUGGCCGGGUCAGUCAGCUCUUUGGGCCUGACUGCAGCAAUGCCCGAACUAAACUAUGCUGACUUGGAAGACUGGAAACCAGAGAGGCAAACACUGGAACAAAUCGUUGGAGAGUAG